AUGCCCUUUCAGCAAGCGUUGUCGAUACUUUUGCAGGGAACGACAAAUGAGGAACUAGUCCAUCCUAUUCCGAGCCCAAUCGGCAACUACAUCCUUCUCCAUGCACUGCUUCAGCGGAUCCAUGUAGUCAGGGAGCUCUCCUUCCCCGCCACAUCACCGGCAACAAUAUCAGCUGCAGAGCUACAAGUCAUUGGUCGCGCACUCCGCGCAUGGACCUCUCUCUGGCAACAAACCCCGGAAUCAAUGCUUGACCCCAACAACGAGAGCGGCCCUAUCCCAUUCACAUCAAGCGCUCUGUUGGUGGUAGCUUACGUGCGGCUUUCUCUCGAUAUAGGACCAUACCGCCAUCUGGAGUCGCGCGACACCGACAUCAUAGCUAACGGCCUAGCAAACCUCCCAGACAUUGAGCGCAACGACAACAUACUAUCAGCCCUGUUGUACUCUACACACGCGCUCAGUAUACCCGUCAGAUUGGGUAUCGACAGGGUCGCGCGCAGCCAAGCAUUCUUCUGGAGCGUUCAGCAUGCCAUCUCAAGCUUCGAGUGUGCCAUCUUCCUUGGUAAAUGGCUGUGCUCUAUUCCUCGUCCAUUCCGCGAAGAGUCGCUGUCGCGAUCUGAGCAUCGAAUCCUUCACUGGGUGAGAUGUAUCAUCAAGGAAGCGUAUGCGGUGAUUGACUUUGAGGAUGCUGAAGAGACUGAUGGUUUCUUGACUGUACCCAGCGAGCCGUUUGCGCUUGGUCUGGCUGUGCUGAAUAUUUGGUCAAGGUUCUUUCGCGGUAACACGCAGUGGCAGUUUGUUGUGAAUCUCGGGUUGAGCUUAGAGAAAUACAUCGCCAAACUGGCUUGA